AUGGCUCCUCUUAAUCCCAAUGCUCCUGUUUAUUUCCCUACUUUAUCACCUUCAUCUAAUAUCACCUUCUUUCAUGCCUCUGUGAACAGACAGUGUAGAAAUAAUUCCAAGCUUAAGGGCCAGCAUAAGCCACAAGAUGAUCUUGAGUUGUUCCAUUUUAAAGAUGAUCAUAAAGAUGAUGAGAAGAGAACUACUGUUAUGAUAAAGAACCUCCCCAACAAACUCAUGAAGAGUACUUUGUUGAAGAUGUUGGAUGAUCAUUGUGCUCAAGAGAACAAGGUUAUUGAAGAGAACUCAACAACAGCCUCUGAGUUCAACUUCCUCUACCUCCCUAUAGACUUCAAGAGUGGGAGUAACUUGGGGUAUGCUUUUGUGAACUUCACCAGUGCAAAGGCAGCUCGUAGGUUUCACCAUGCAUUCCAUAAUAAAAGUUGGAAUCAAUUGCAUGGUUCUCUGAAGAUUUGUGAGGUUACGUAUGCGAGGAUUCAGGGACUUCCAGCGCUUCAGAAACGUUUCAAGAAUUCAGUUUUCAUUUGUGAUAAUGAAGACUACCUCCCUGUUUACUUCAAUCCAAGUCGGAAUGGUUCUUGUGAUUCAAAGCAGCACUUUAUUGGGAGAAAAAUCAUGAAACUCUAGACAAUAUAUAUAUAAAAUAUAAAAAUAGGUUAUGAGUGUUUGGUGUGGUGAAGGUGGGAAGUCAGUCAGGAGGACAUGGCCUUAAUUUGGAGGUGAUAGCCUUGAGAACAAGUACUGCAUAUUUCCCUUGCUGUUACUGUUGAUAACUUUUCAAAGGAAUGAUUUGACUUGUAGACGUGACCAUAAGACUGUUUAUCUAAGGGUAAUGAAUAUGGUGUAAACAGUGUGUUUUCACUAGUUCUUGCACUGUACUGUGUUUUAUUUAAAUAAA